GGGCUGGUGAGAACAGUGGGAGUGGCCUGGGGGGCCUCAGGCAUCCUGCCCUUCCAAGCUUGCCACAGCUCUGCCCUCUCUACCCCCAUCGGCACUCAUACCCAAGAGCCCCUCCAGCUGCCCCCUGGGGUCGGGUGGCAGAGACUGGAUUGGGGGCUCACCACGCGUCAUAGGGCUCUGUCCCUUCCAGGCCCCUGAAGUGGAGGAGAGGGGGCUGGACACCAGGGUCACCUCUGUAUCCAGCAUGCUAAGAGUUUCUACAGCAUCAGCAGCCCCUGAGUCCCUCUCCAAUGGCAGCCUUCCUGGCAACAACAGCAGCAGCAGCGAAUCUCGAAACCCGUGGUUGGCCCAGGCUGAGGUGGCGCUGCUGGCAGCCAUGUUUGUGUGUGUGAUGUUGAGCAAUAUACUGGUGCUGGGGGCCCUGGCCCGUAGGGGCAGGCGAGGCCGGUGGGCCCCUAUGCAUGUCUUCAUUGGCCACCUGUGUCUGGCUGAUCUGGCUGUGGCCCUGUUCCAGGUGCUUCCACAGCUGGCCUGGGACAUCACAGACCGCUUCCAGGGCCCCGACUUUCUGUGCCGGGCUGUCAAGUAUCUGCAGAUGGUGGGCAUGUAUGCUUCCUCCUACAUGAUUCUGGCCAUGACCCUGGACCGCCAUCGAGCCAUCUGCCGUCCCAUGUUGGCAUUCCGCCAUGGUGGGGCCCGCUGGAAUAGACCCAUCCUGGUCGCGUGGGCCCUCUCAUUGAUCUUCAGCCUGCCCCAGCUCUUCAUCUUCAGCCAACGGGAGGUAGAGGAUGAGGCUGGGACCUUUGACUGUUGGGCCCUCUUUAUCGAGCCCUGGGGGCUCCGGGCCUAUGUCACUUGGAUUGCCUUAAUGGUAUUUGUGGCACCAGCUGCAGGCAUUGCUGCCUGCCAGGUGCUCAUCUUCCGAGAGAUCCAUGCCAGCCUAUCCCCUAGGGCAAGUGGCGUGGGGCCUAGUGAGGGUGCCCGGGUCUCAGCAGCCAUGGCCAAGACAGUGAGAAUGACCUUGGUGAUAGUGAUUGUGUACGUGCUCUGUUGGGCGCCCUUCUUCCUGGUGCAGCUGUGGUCAGUGUGGGACCCCCAGGCACCUCGGGAAGGGCCACCCUUUGUGUUGCUCAUGCUUCUGGCCAGCCUCAACAGCUUCACCAACCCUUGGAUCUACGCCUCCUUCAGCAGCAGUGUUUCCUCGGAGCUGCGCAGUCUCUUCUGCUGCUCCCAGGCCUCAGCUUUGGCCAGCCUUGGUCCCCCUGAUGACUCCUGCAUAACUGCCAGCUCCUCUCUCACCAAGGACACAUCCUCCUGAGGUCCUGGGCAGACCAUGGGCAGAUCAGCUCUCUUCCCGGACUCCAGAAAGCUCCAUGCCAAGGCCAACAUCUCUCACAUGGUGCCAACUUGUCCUUCCUAAAGCAAAGGUCUGACCAUGUUAUGCCCCUGCUCAGUACAAGCUUCCACAGCUCCCCAGGGCCUCUAGGAUAACAUAAUAUUCUGUUUGGCAUUUAAAGGCGCUCCCAGUCUGGCUCCGGCCUGUAUUUCUGUGCAGAUCACUGCUCCUUACCCUCCAUACACAGGCUAUUGCCCAUGACCGGAAUAUUCUCCCUCUUCCCCUCUGCCUCUUGGAACCCCUAGAAAGCUUGGCUCAAGGGCCACCUCCUUCAAAAGGCCUUUCCUGUUUCUCCCAGGUUAGUGCCCUGCCCCCAAACUCUGUAU